GAAGAGCAUUCCAAUUCGGGGUCGCCACCUCACACCGCAACAAAAUAAUCAACGAAUUGCCUCUCCCGGGCCUGACCGGUCGCGCAUCGUUGCCAAUCCCCCUCCUCCCCCCUGUCUUAAAUCCCAGGCGCGGUGGCCUUCGCUUCCAAGUUCCACCCCAGCCCCCCCAAAUCGAUUCCGUGCCGCGCGCCUCCUUGUCUCCUCCGCGCUGCGUCCAUGGCGGCGAUCCAUCGGGUCUCGGCCGUCAUCUUUGAUCUCGACGGCACGCUCCUCGACACAGGCACGCGGAUCCCUUCACGCUCGUCCCUCUCCGUCCUGUGCUCCCCGUCUUGUACGAACAAGCUAGCUCGAUACAUGUGCUAAGAGGGCAACUAGGGACGUCUUGAAGGAAUUCCUGGGGACCUAUGGGAAAGUCCCAGAUGAGGUGAAGGAGGAGAGGAGGUUGGGGAUGACGCACCGGGAGUCUACAACCGGGAUCAUCCUAGAUUACGGGCUACCGCUCACUGUCGAGGAGUAUUCGGAGGCAAUAUACCCGUUGUACAUGAAAAGGUGGCAAAGGGCAAACCCACUUCCAGGAGUCAAAAGGCUUCUCAAGCAUCUUCACAGGAACGGUGUACCGCUUGCACUUGCUUCUAAUUCCAUCAGGAGAAAUAUCGAUCACAAAAUCUUGAAACUAGGAGAACUGAAAGACUGCUUUUCCGUGGUUCUUGGUGGUGAUCAGGUCCCUCAUGGAAAACCUAGCCCUGACAUAUUUCUGGAAGCUGCAAAGAGACUUGGUGUACAUCCGUCAUCAUGCCUGGUUAUAGAAGAUUCUCUUGUUGGGGCUCAGGGUGCCAAAGCUUCUGGGGCAAAGGUAGUUGCUGUUCCAUCACACCAAAGUCAAAGGCAAUGUUACUCAAGUGCUGAUCUCAUCCUCUAUUCUCUACUAGACUUCCAUCCUGAGCUGUGGGGCCUUCCCCCAUUCGACGAUCGCAUUCAAGGUGCUUUGCCCAUGGAACCAUUAUUAUCAAAUGCUCAGAUAGGUGAUGCAAUGCUAAACAAUACUCAUAUGAUAGUAGCAGGUGAGCACACCUAUGAUUCUAUUCCUGAUCAAAUAUCAGGAAUUUUCUUUGGUUGGGCCAAGUUAGAAGCAUAUGGAGUUUCAAAGGCGGUAGUAAGCAUUGGGUGGGACCUAUCUGUUCGAAAUGCCGAAAGAGCGAUGCGCGUAUGUUUUCUUGAUUCCCGCUGCAAGGCUAUAACAGCGGAGCCCCUGGAGCUUCUGUUGAUUGGUUACAUCCGGAUGCUCCAAAGCAUGGAAAAUAUUUCUCAAGCAUUGAGCAUUACUGACGAAGACAAAGCCACUGCAAGGGAUGCACUAGACCUCCUAGCCUUUUCUGAAUAUGCAAAGGCAAAGAAUGCAUUGGACUUUCCAGCCUUGUCAGAAUAUACAGAGCCACGAAACGGCCGUUUACUCGCCUGACAUGUACUACAGGCUAGUAUUUACAAGAAACAGGAUGGCUGGUAUAACGUUUCGUCCUCAAAGAUGUGUAAGAAUUGCUGGGAGAGGAGGAAGGGCGCGGGAACAAAGUUGCCUCUCAUUAAAGGUGGAAAUGUGGAAUCUUUCGAUAUUAUCAACGCCUGAGUUUCUUUUGACAGCCACAUUGUACUCAUGUAAAAGAAGAUGUACUGUAAUACACCAUUGAACAGCAAAUUUUGCACUUUUGACCACUUUACGCUAGGCUACAGACACAUUGCAAAUUUAUUUGCC